GAAAAAAGGGGGCAAUGGAGGAGUCCGUAAGGGAGAGGAAUCAUAUGAAGAAGAAGAAGAAGAAAACGGAUCGUGGGUUAGGUUGUGGAGUCGGGUCGAUCCAAAUGAGAAUGAGAAGGCUCCGAGUGCUAAUACCUGACGGGCGAAGACUGAACCAGCCGGAUAUGCUUCUAUCAAAGACUGCUGAUUAUAUUAUGCAUUUGGAGUUGAGGAUUAGGUUUCUCAAAACCCUCUCUGAUAUGUACUCGCUCUCUUAAAAUUAAUCAUUUUUUGUUGUUGUUGUUGUUUUAUUCUUCAUCUUCUUCGUUCUUUUUCUUCUAAAUGUAAAACUCUCUUUUAUAUUUCUGCUUUAUCACAAAAUAUUUACAUUCAGAAUUUGUUACUUCAUAAUUCAUGUGGAACUAGGAUAAGAUCUGCACCUUACACAUGACAA